AUUGUUUUGUUAAAGAUUGCGUUUCAAAAUGCAGAGUCAUGUACAGUGCUGAUAAUUCAAGUAUUAUAUUCUGACGAUUUGUUUGUAAAACAAACACUAUACAGACGAUAAGUACAAUAAUAUAAACUGUAUAAACUGAGCGAAGGUGUUUAUUUGCCGGACAUGUAACACAGUAAAGCAGUUUCGUAUUCGCCAACAUGUUGAAUUUAUUAAGUUUCACAGUAAAAGCUUUCUUUUCGAGAAGAACAAAUCCUAAUUUAGAAGAAAUAUACAGUGAAUUGGAUCAAGUUGAAGAUCAGGCAUCAAAUAGUACGGAUCAGAAAGAAACGGAAACAGAGGUAUUAACAAACAAUUAUUCUACAUUAAAAGUUGGGCAUAUCUCCCAUUUUGCUGAUGGUUUCUAUUACAUUGAUAAUGUAUACAAGCAUAAAUUUACUGAAAAUGUUCCAAUAGGAUCAAGAGUAUCCUAUAAUUUAUAUAAAGAUAACAAUGAACUUAAAAUAUCAAAUGUUAAAUUAUUUUUUGAUGAAUGGGAAUCAACUAAUAUACAGGAAUCAAAAUCUUCCUGGUCCACUAAAACUCUUAUAGGAAAGGUAAUCAAAAGAGAAGGAAGAAAUAUCAUUGCACAUGUUGCAAAUAAGAAUACUACAGAUUUAACAAUUGAUUUGAAUUCAGCUUCUUCAGACUUUGUUCCAAUCGUUGGAGAUUGGUUGAGUAUUGAUGUAAAAGUUCAGGUAGAUGUUGAAUCCAUUGAUUUGCUUUCGGGCCAGAUAUUGGAAAUAAUGAAGAUAUACCCAUCUCGUAUUAAAAUUAUAAAGGGUAGAAUAACCCAUGUUGGUGAGAAUAGUGGUAGUAUUAAUAGAGAUACAUUUUUUGAUAUGUCUGCAUUGUAUGAUGGGUAUGUGCCAAGAGUUGGUGAUAAUAUUUCAGCUGAAGUUAUUGAGAGUAGUCAGUUAAGUUACUCUUGGAGAGCUAUAAAAGUAUUAGUAGAUUGUUUCAAAUCAAAGUAUAAAAUGAAUGAGUCUGUAAAUGAAGAUUUGUAUGUUGAUCAUGAUGGAAUUAAAAUAACUGAUGGUAUUUUUCUGAAGGCAACUAAAAUGAAUGAAGUGUGUGCAUUUAAUGUUGUUAUUGAAAAUUGUCAAAACACUGAUGUAGUAUUAAAAGACAUUGUGUUUGUUGAAAAUCCUCAUAUAACAUUACUUGAACCACAGUUAACAAACAGCAUUACUAUUAAUAAAAUGGAUAAUGUACAAUUAAGCUUUUCCUGCACUAUGCGCUUUUACGGGGAAAGUAGAGAGUUGAUCAUUUUUGAUUUUACUGAAUUUAAGAUUGGAAGAUAUAUAAAAAUGCAACUGAAUACUUCAUCAAACCCGCAGAAAACUAACGUUUAUAAAAGACCAAAUCCCGUUAGAACAAUAAAUACUGAAACACAAAAUACCAUUAGAGGUCAAUAUAUGAACAAACCAAAAAGGUUCAUUAAUAAGCUGCAGGAAUACAAGAUACCCAAGUUUCUAAUGGACAUUGUAUAUGAACAGUCAUUUAAAACUGCAUACAACAAAUUGGUUGAAAAGACGUGCUUGAAACAAGACAUAACGUUCGAAAGUUACGAGGAGCGUUUUCAUUUACUUUACUACUUGGAGGAAGCUCAUCUGAAGAUAGCCAUUCAAAAGUUUGAUCAAGAGAGAGCGUUGUUCAUUAAGAAUGGCGAAUAUUUGAUGCUGGAAAUUGAAAAUUUGUCGGAGAGAAGACCAUCCCUGAUUGUUGGAGAUAAAAUUGUGGCAAUUCCAGUGCCAAAUCUUACUGAAGUCAAAUACGAAAGCAUGAUUUAUAGAGUAACGGCGAAGCACGUUUAUUUGAAGUUUUCCGAAUUGUUCCAUCAGCAGUACAAUAACCAAGAAUACUCGAUAGUUGCAGUUCAAUCAAGAUCGCAACUGAAGAAAAUUCACCAUGCUAUAAAUUGCGCCGCUAAAAAUCUUGGAGAUCACUUUCUGUUCCCAAAUAAAGUUAUUUCUAAACCGCCUCAAUGCGACUUUGUUUAUGAUAAAUAUGAAGAAACCAUGGAAUGUAAGCAGAAAACUAACAGUCAGUUAGUUAAAUUGAUUAAGCAGCAGUAUUUGGACGCUCAAACUGAUUGUUUGAAAUUGGAAUGGUUUGAUAAGUCUUUGAACUAUUACCAGAAGGAAGCGGUCAGGAAUAUUCUACUGGGAGAAGCUAGACCUCUUCCUUAUAUUAUUUUUGGACCACCUGGAACCGGAAAAACGGUGACUAUCGUUGAAAGUAUUAUCCAGAUAUUGAGAAUGAUUCCACAUUCGAGGAUUCUUGUUGGAACGCCAUCGAAUAGCGCAGCAAACUUAAUCGCUCUGAAAUUGAUAAGCUUGAAUAUUUUUAAACCUGGAGAAUUGGUGAGGCUUGUUUCUUACAACGUUGUGGUCAAUGAUUCGAUUCCAGAAUCGUUGCUACCUUAUUGUAUGGGAGGAAGCAUUGCCAAGGAGCACACAAUUGGAAAUGAGGAAUUCAUUCAUUCCAAAGGGAAAAUAUCAAGUUUUUCAAGUUCCAUACUAGGGAGGCAUAGGCUCACUAUUGGAACUUGCUCUUCAUUUGGAGUUUUAAAUUCAAUGAAAUUUAAGCCUGGACACUUCACACAUUGUAUCAUAGAUGAAGCUGGUCAGGCAACUGAACCAGAGGCUAUGAUUCAGUUAUCUCUCAUAUCUGUUGACGAAGGACAAGUUAUUUUAGCAGGUGAUCCAAUGCAAUUGGGCCCAAUAAUUUUAUCUAAAUAUGCUCAAGAAUUUGGAUUGACAGAAUCAUUUUUAGUAAGAUUAUUAGCUAAGUUUCCUUAUACUAGGGAUAUAAUUGGAUUCCCAAAGACCAGUGGAUUUGAUCCAAGAUUGGUUACAAAAUUGAUCUAUAAUUAUCGUUCUUUGCCGGGAAUGCUAGAUAUUCCAAACACACUAUUCUAUCACUCGGAACUAAAAGCUAUGAUUUCUGAUGUUGAUAGCAAAGAAGUAAGAUUCCUGGAGCAAUUUAGACAUAUAUUACCAGUGGAUAAGGAUGGUAAAGUGCCUUGCUUGGUGUUCCAUGGUACCAAGGGUAUCAAUUAUCAGGAAAACGACUCGCCAUCCUGGUUGAAUCCAGAUGAAGCGUGUCAAGUGUUUUACUAUAUAAAUGAAUUAUAUAAGAACGGUGCCAAAGCUGAAGAUAUCGGGAUCAUAUCUCCAUACUUGAAGCAAGUCAAGGAAAUUGCUAAAGUUUUGAGGGAAGCAGACUUGGACUUGCCGAAGAUUGGAACCGUGGAGGAGUUCCAAGGACAGGAAUACAAAAUUAUAAUUUUAUCUACCGUUCGCUCCAAGACGGAAAUGCUAAGUUUGGAUAAAAUACACUCUGUCGGUUUCGUUUCCAAUCCAAAACGACAGAACGUCGCUAUAACGAGGGCUCAAUGCUUGACUUUGAUCGUAGGUAAUCCGUAUUUGUUGUGGAUCGAUAACUACUGGCGCAGAUUGAUUACCUUAUGCAUUGAUAGAAAGUGUUAUGUCGGCUGUGACUUUGACUUAAAAUAGUUAUUCUUUAUUAUAUUAUAUAUCAUAUCGUUAUAUACCAUAUCCAUACAGUUUUAUAUAAAUAGGUUUUAGU